CAGUGUCAGCGAGUGUGUCGGUAUGUAAGCGCUCUCGAUCACAGAUGUUUGGGAAGGCACCCUUUAAAAGUUAUGAGGUGUUCUCUUCGGAAAGGUAUAAAAAUCGCAGUAUGUUUGUCUGUUUUAAUCUUUUCGGUUGUAUUAUUCUUUCAUGAUAACUUCGAAAAAAGUUUAGCAGCACAGGGACAAAGUUUUCGACAGAAACAACAUGGCGUCGUGGGACCUGUUGAUCAACUCUUGGACACUGAACUGUCCAGGAAACAACGAAAUGCAAUGUCAGUAGAAACUGUUAAGGAUGACGAAAAAGAAAAAAAUCCAAAAACGAAACCAAGUUUAAAAUCGAAAGACAGAAGGACAGAAAUUGAUGACAUAUUUAUUGCCAUCAAAACGACCAAGAAGUAUCAUAUUCGCCGACUAAAGCUGCUUCUGGAUACGUGGAUCCCACUAGCUAGGGAGGAGACAUACAUCUUUACAGAUGGAGAUGACAAGUUGGAUGUUCCAGAUGGACAUCUCAUCAACACCAACUGUUCCAACACUCAUUACAGAAAAGCUCUAAGCUGUAAGAUGGCAGUGGAGUAUGAUUACUUCAUGUUUUCAGGGAAAAGAUGGUUUUGUCACCUCGACGAUGACACCUACCUGAAUGUGCCUGGCCUAGUGAAGCUACUUCAGACAUACAACCAUACUGAUGAUUGGUAUUUGGGUCGCCCAAGUCUUCGACACCCUAUAGAAGUUGUGAAGCGAUCUAACCCAGAGCAGAAAAUAGCCUUCUGGUUUGCCACUGGUGGAGCUGGGUUCUGCAUUAGUCGCAGUCUCGCUCUGAAAAUGAUGCCUCAUGCAAGUGGAGGUAGAUUUAUGACGACUUCUGACAUGAUCCGUCUGCCUGAUGACUGUACUGUAGGAUUCAUCAUCAACAACCUCCUACAGAAGGAGCUGACAGUAAUUGACCGGUUCCACUCACACCUGGAGGCCCUCUUGUGGAUACACAAUCUGCAGGACCAGUUGACGUUCAGUUACAUGGAUAACAAUGUUGUGACAAUUGAUGGGUUUUCCAUUGCACAGGAUCCUUCCAGAUUAUACUCACUCCAUUGCAUGCUGUUUCCAACAUCAGAUAUAUGCAAUACUCUAAGGAAAGGACAAGCCACGGCACACAAAAUGAAACUGUAAUAAGUUGGGUAACAUCAACAAGUCAUCCUACAUGGUGAGGAUAGGACUAAUCACGCACCAUCUCCUACAAGUCAUCCUACAUGGUGAGGAUAGGACUUAUCACGCACCAUCUCCUAAAAGUCAUUCUACAUGGUGAGGAUAGGACUAAUCAUGCACCAUCUCCUACAAGUCAUCCUAUAUGGUGAGGAUAGGACUAAUCACGCACCAUCUCCUACAAGUCAUCCUACAUGGUGAGGAUAGGACUAAUCAGGCACCAUCUCCUACACAUUAUACUACUUACUAAGAAUGAGAGUAAGUGGGUACCAUCUCCAACUUUCACUUUAGAAUUACAGUUGCAAACAUUAGGAUGUUAUUGAUAGUCAGAAUGUAAGCUUUUUGUGAUACUCAAACAAAUUAACUCAUGUAAAUAUUACCAUUGUUAUUGUGAUCAUGUUCUUUUGUCCUCUCUUAAUUUUCUUUCUUAAGUGUAUAACACCAAUAAUAUGUCAUAAUGUAGAUAUAUCUAUCUUCUGCAUAAAUUGUAUGCUUUUUUGUUUGUAUGUAAUUUGUUCUGAUGUCUUAAAAUAAGGCUGCUGGUCUAAUGUUCUCUCUCAGGUUUAUUCUAAUUGGUCCUGUGUUCUGUAUUAUGGUACAAACUGUACCUAACAACCUCCAACCUAAUUGGUCCUGUGUUCUGUAUUAUGGUACAAGCUGUACCUAACAACCUCCAACCUAAUUGGUCUUGUGUUCUGUAUUAUUGUACAAGCUGUACCUAAUAACCUCCAACCUUAAUGGUCAUGUGUUCUGUAUUAUGGUACAAGCUGUACCUAACAACCUCCAACCUUAUUGGUCCUGUGUUCUGUAUUAUGGUACAAGCUGUACCUAACAACCUCCAACCUUAUUGGUCCUGUGUUCUGUAUUAUGGUACAAACUGUACCUAACAACCUCCAACCUUAUUGGUCCUGUGUUCUGUAUUAUGGUACAAGCUGUACCUAACAACCUCCAACCUUAUUGGUCAUGUGUUCUGUAUCAUGGUACAAAUUGUACCUAACAACCUCCAACCUAAUUGGUCCUGUGUUCUGUAUUAUAGUACAAGCUGUACCUAACAACCUCCAACCUUAUUGGUCCUGUGUUCUGUAUUAUGGUACAAACUGUACCUAACAACCUCCAACUUAUUGGUCCUGUGUUCUGUAUCAUGGUAAGAACUAUACCUAACAACCUCCAACCUUACUGGUCUUGUGUUUUUGUUCAGGAUGUACUUAAGAACCCCCAACCUUAUUGAUUUUGUGUUUUGGUACAGGUUAUACCUAACAUCCUUCACCGUUAAUGGUCCUGUGUUCUGUGUUUUGGUACAGGCUAUACCUAACAUCCUUCACCUGUAAUGGUCCUGUGUUCUGUGUUUAGGUACAAGCUAUACCUAACAGUCUCAAACUUUAUUGGGCUUGUGCUCAGUGUUGUGAUAUUCGCACAUGGUUGAACUGUGUUCAGUGCAUUGUUUUCUUUAAUGUAGAGACUUGCAUACAUAGUAUAUUCUGUAUAUAGGUUCUCCCUUUAUAAAUCAAUGGAUUGCCAGUGAUGUAUAUUUUUAUAUGAAAAUGUUUUGUUUUGUUGGUUUUUUAAGAUCAAUGGAAGCAGUAUUUUAUCAUUCCUACCAUCUUGACGUUUGAAAUUUGAUAAAUAUUUUUUUUAUUAUUUUUUUUUCUAUUUGACAAAACUCAUCCUCUGAUAAAUGCUUUAAUUAUUGGAUCAAAAAUAUAAUUUGAUAUAGCAUUGAUUAAAUCUGUUGUUAGAACAGUUUUUAGACCAAACAUCACAAUCUUAGACUGUCUUGUAUAUAUUUCUGUUAAAAUGAAGUAAGUGUUGACCCAUGUGUUUAUUAGCGUUUUAAACCAAAACAAAUGGUUGCCAAAUAUAUUCCUUUGUCCAUAUUUUGCAUUCUGAUAUUUUUCCUUUGAAACAUUAUGGUGCAUAUCACACACUCAUUGAUCUCUUUCUCAUUCUAUAAAUCUAUCACAGUUUAGACUGUCUUUUAAAAUUGUCUUAUUGUCUCAAUGUAUACUUUCAAAUGAGGGCUGUUCCAGUGAAGCAUCUACUUGACCCCAGAAUUCUAAAAUAAAUCACUUCGAUCUAGAUGUUUGUGUGUCCUAUCUAUUACAUCUAAGCAGAUUAUAGUUCAAUUCUAUGGAAUGUACUAUACAAAACCUGCAGUCCUGGAGCGGUGUCGAUGUUUUACUGGACAAAUCAUUUUUUUCCUGUUUAUUCAUUAAGAAAUCCACUGCUUGUUCAUUAUCUACUUUGCUCAAUAUUGGUUCAAACUGAAAAUCUAUUACUGCUUUAGUAAAGGUGCUACAACCAUGUCAUUAAGAAUAAUGCACAGCAAAUCUGAGAUGUGGUGAUUCACUGUUGAAUCAGAUGUAUUGAAGGUGUCAUUUUACUCUUGAAUCUUAAAUAUAAAAGAUGUGUUGCUUCUCUCUUGAAUCUAGAAAGUAAUGAUUCACUAUUCAGUCAUUAGAUAUUUUGUAUAAGAAUCACUAUUGAAUCUGAAAUAUUCAAUAUAUGGAGAUUCACUGUUGAAUCAGAAGUAUUUGAGAGGUGGUGAUUCACUUUUGAAUCUGAAGUAUUGAAGAUGUGAUGAUUCACUGUUGAAUCUUUGAUAUAAAACGUGUGUUGAUUCACUCUUAAAUCUGAGAUUUGACGAUUCACAUUUGAGCUUUGAGAUAUUUUAUACGAGAUUCACUACCGAAUGUUAAAUAUUCAAUAUGUGAUUCACAUUUCAAUCUGAAAUAUUUAAGAUGUAAGCUAAGGUGAUUGACUGGUGGUUAACUACUGAUUCUGAAAGAAUGUGAUUCAUGUGAUUUGUCCUGAGAACAUAAUGAUAAGAAACAUGAUACAUGAGGUGUACUUUUUUCAUUUUGACUCCUUUUCUAUAUUGUACAAUAUUCCACAUAUCUUUGUUGGGAACAAAUUGUAUUGUUAUAAAAUGUCUUGUUGAAUUUCUUCUGUUUCUAUAAGAUAUAUGCAUGUAAUUCCACUUGGAGUUGGCACAUACAUUGUUAAAUUCUUUCCUUUUUUAUAUCAGACUGACCAAUGUUAUAAGGAAUUGUUAUUGAUGUACAUACGAUCGUUGUUUAAAUUGUUUAAAACUCAUGAUUUAUGUAAUUGUGAGGACUUUCAGUAGCUUUGUAGUAAUAUAGGUGACAUUCUGUUAGACUAAAGGAUGGAAUGAAAUGAAUUAUCAUGUAACAACAGUUUCAUGUCGUUAAUCCAAAGAUCACAAUUAUAUUGUCAUUGAUCUCUGAUCUAGUAGGUGAGUACUGACUUUUAUAAAAUAACAGUUGACCUUUAGCCAUACAUGAUCUCUGACCUUGAAACUAGCAGACAGCAACGACUGACUAAAUGACCUUGAACUAUACAGAAAGUGUGAACUGACCUUGAAUGACCUUGAACAAUACAGAGUAUGAACUGAACUUGAAUUUACUGUAAACUAGGAAACUUUCAUCACAGGUCAACUUCUGUCUUUUACUCCCUUUUAAUAUUUUAGUAAAAUUUAAAGUACAUGUUCUCUAAAAUUUGUUAUCAAAGCUGAAAUAUACAAUUUUAGGCAAUUCAGGAUGAAUCAACACUUGGCAAAAAUAAUCAUUUUGAUGCAAGGGUGAAAAUAAAACCUUGGAAAAUAUUUCCUUGCAUACAGAAAAUAAUUACUGACCUUAAGCAGCGAAUGAUUUGAAAGUGACCUUGAAACAUGUAUAAGCCAUGGUAAAUGACAAUUGACCAAUAUGAUUGUAUAACGAUCAAAGCCUACUGUUUAGGCCUGACAUUUAACAUAUUAUAUAGUGACUUUUUAUAUUUUGCUUGAUUUCUAUAGCUUUUGUAACUAGUUCAUUUUGAUUUUGUUUCAUUAUGACACAGCUGAAGAUUGGGACCACAGUUGUAUUGUUGUAUUUACAAUAACGUCAUUAUGGAUAUGUAUAUGUGUAUUGACAUAUUAUUUUACUUAUUAUUUUAUAUAACUUUAAGUGCCCUUUCCCAAUGUUAAGUGUUGAUUUAAUGAGUUCAUUGAAGUUAUAUAUGUGGACUAAUAUAUGUACAUGUUCUCUUUUCUUCAUUACAUACUGUUAAACUCUCCUCACAUUUACUGACAGUUAAACCAGGUAACCCCCGCACAUUCGUGUCUUUAGAGUAAAAUCUCUAAAUGUGAAUUCCCCUCAUUUUGUUGGUGUCCACACUUACCAUCAUACCAGGUAUUUCCAAUGCCUUCCAUAUUUCAUAUUUCAUACUGAUUCUUCACAUAUUGCCAAACUUUAAUUAGCAGUGAUGGAAUUUGAUACAAGUUUCCAGAUUAUUCUUUGAUUUUGGCCAAUUUCAUAGAUAGAAGAUAUCAAAAGAUUUAUAUUUCUGCCAGUACUGGGUGAAAAUUCACUAUUCAUACUUAUAUGUACAACAAAGGAAAUGUAAUGGUAGCACAGGUUCAGCGUAAUAGCAGUACAGACUCCUUUUGAAAAUAAAUUGUUUUAUAUGGCAAAAUAGAGAGAAAUUUAAUCCUUUUCCUUUGUAUAUUAAAAUGAUAUAACUAUAUUUUGACUUUGUAUUUAACAUUAUUUGAACAAAAAGGUGUGUUUCUCAUAUAAGUAAGACAUGUUUGACAAUGAAAAGAAAUUUAUUUAGCCUAAAGAAUCUAUGUACAUUAUACAGGCACUCUGAAACUUUUUUUUAAUUAUGAUGCUGUAUUUCUAAUUGCACUCCCAAAUGUGUGCAAACUUGUACUUUUCAUAUGUACACUCCUAUAGUUUGUAAAUUGUACACUUUUAGAUUGUUCAAAUGUACACUACCAAAGACUGUUUCUCUUUGGUCUUUGAUACUCUUUUGUCUGUUUAAAUAUGUUCAUGUCUGUUCUGUUUUGAUUUAGUGUUCAAAACUUUAUUAUUAAGACAAAUUUUAAAUUCUAUUUGUAUCUUUUCUCAUCAUUUGGUGCCUUUUUUCAUUUACUUUCUUUUUUAAUUAUCAUUAUGUUACGUUAACAUUUACUGCCUUCACUGUAAUUAACUCCAGCAUUCAGAUAUACUUGGAUGAUUUUUUUGUCAUCACUAAUAUCAUUGCUAAUUAAGAAAGGCUAAGAUAAAAUUUUGAAUUUUUAAAAAGUUUUCACCUUAAGAAUUAUAGUCUAGCAUUACUGAGGUAAAACUUCAGAUGUUGACUUAUUCCAGUGUUCAGUUGUUUAGUCUUUAACAUAUAUCCAGGAGGCACUGGUGCUAAAUAAAUCUAUUUUUUUGUUAA